UCUCUUUUUCUUCUUUCCGGUUUCCUUUUCGUCCCUGUUUCUUUCUUAACAGGAGAUUGUGGGACGGCAUGGCAAGUUGAAUGUAUACAUAUAUGUACAUUCGCUUUUUGGUUAAUAAUUGCUCUGGUCUGGUCUGGUCUGGUCUCUGUUGCCGGCAUUCAGCUCCUAGGGAUAGCUCCAAGGUGAAACUCGCAGAAGAUUUCAGUUAAGCUGUGAAUAAUCUUCAAUGCAGCAGUCCACGGACACGUUAAACAUGGAAGAUAGAAAGGAAGAAUUCCAACAAAGCCCAUUAACGAUGAACCUGGUAACCAAUGGAUCUGUAGACUUCAGAGGGAGGAUUGCUGAUAAACAAAAAACCGGGGGAUGGAAUUCAGCGCCGUUUAUUAUAGUGAACGAGGUGGCAGAGAGAUUAGCUUUUUAUGCAAUUGGGGUGAACCUGGUGAUCUACUUGGUUAUGGAGAUGCGAGAAUCGAUCCCAACGGCUGCUGUACAUGUGACAGCUUGGAUGGGUUCGGCUUAUGUUUUCACUCUGCUUGGAGCAUUCAUGGCGGAUGCUUAUCUGGGUCGCUUUAAGACUAUUCUAGUUUUCUCUACCAUCUACUCCGUGGGAAUGGUUCUGUUAACACUAUCGGCCGCCAUAGAUGCUCUACGUCCACCUCCAUGCACUGCAAAACCAUGCACAGAAAUAACCUCCGGUCAACGCGGCUUCCUGUUUCUUUCAUUAGGUCUCGUAGCCAUCGGAACCGGCGGCAUAAAGCCGUGCGUGUCGUCGUUUGGCGCAGACCAAUUCGACGAGGCUGACGAGAAAGAAAUGCAGAAGAAAUAUGCUUUCUUUAACUGGUUCUUCUUUGCAAUAAACAUGGGUAUCAUCUUGGGUAUCACUGUAAUGGUGUAUAUACAAGAUAAGAAAGGUUGGGUAUGGGGUUUCGGUGUACCCACUGCGUCUAUGAUUUGCUCAAUUAUUAUACUCGCCAUGGGAACGACCCAUUAUCGUUACCAGAAGCCCAUGGGCAGUCCCUUUACCAGGUUCUUUCAGGUCUUCGUGGCGUCUGUCAGGAACCAUUACAGAGGAGUUCAAGUCGGGAAGGAAGAUGAACUUUUUGAGGUUAAAACUCUUGGGUCAGAUAUAGUUGGUGCUCGAAAACUAGCUCAUACCGAUCAGUACAGGUUUUUGGACAAGGCAGCGGUAAUAACAGACCCAGAGGAAAACACCAAAAGCCGAUGGAAACUAUGCACAGUAACCCAAGUAGAAGAACUGAAGUCCUUCAUUAGAAUGUUACCAAUCUGGGCAACCACAAUAGCAUUAUCAAUCUCAUUCGCUCAACUCUCAACAUUCUUCAUCAGCCAGGCCACAAUCAUGGACCGAACCCUCGGCUCAAACUUCGUCAUUCCCCCAGGCUCCACCCCCAUCUUCAGUGCCGUCAACGCUCUGUUCCUCAUUCCCAUCUACGAGAAGUGGAUCGUCCCACUCCUCCGAAAACGCACUGGCCAUCGACGCGGCAUAACAUCCUUGCAGCGCAUGGGUGUCGGCCUGUUCAUCUCGAUAUUCGCAAUGAUCUCCGCCGCUGUCGUGGAGAAAAAACGCCGAGAAAGUCCCAAUGCGUCGGCCAUGAGUGUGUUUUGGUUGUUCCCUCAGAAUUUCCUCAUCGGUUCAGCAGAAGUUUUCACCUACGUUGGACAACUGGAAUUCUUUUAUGACGAGGCGACGGAAGGGACGAGGAGUAUUAGCAGUGCAAUAAUGUUGACUGAGAUUGGAAUAGGAAGCUGGUUGAGUACCGCCAUUGUUAAAAUCAUUGGACGUGCUACUGGUGGAGAAGAUAGAGGGUGGCUUAGGCGGGAUCUGAACAAAAGUAAGCUUGAUUACUUAUACUGGAUUCUAACCGCCAUUAAUGUUUUCAAUUUCUGUCUCUACGUCUGGGUGGCUUGCCGACAUAAGGGGAAGAACAUAGUUGAAGGAGGUGUAAGACAGGAGCCGGCAUCUGAGAAGGUUGGCCGAGGGAAGAAGGAAGAGGCAGGGGAAGAUGAAGAAUUUCAAAAUAUGAAAUUAUGAGAUCGAAAACUAAUCAGUUUUCUUUGUUACUUACAAGUAGUCGUAAAUUUUUCAAACUAAAUUAGGAUUAGUUUUUAUCACCCUCCAAAUAUUAAUCAAAUAAAGUUUUUUGAGGACACCAUAAUCAUAGAGUAUGUUUUAUGUUCAUGAGGAGGACAGGACAGAAAAUGGGAAGGGUAUGAUUAUGAUUUAAGUAAUUAAUUCAUACAUGGGUAGAUUUAGUUUUAAAAUAUAACAAAAGAUUAAUAAUUAAAAUCAAGAUAUUUGGAAAUUUUAUUUUGUAUAUGGAUUAAAAUUUGAACAUUAUCAACUGUCAUUAAUGCACAGCCAAUUGGUUUUAAAUUCCUCUUUCC